CGGACCAACGCUGUCUUAGUGGUGUCUACACUCUUUUUUGCAAGUAUCAGAGCAGAGAGUGCCGAGGAGCGGCUGGUGAAUUUCUUGUUAGGUCCUGAACGCUACAACAAACUAAUCAGACCGGCUGUCAAUAAGAGUCAACAGGUCACCAUCUCUAUUCGUGUGUCACUCUCUCAGCUCAUCAGUGUCAAUGAGCGAGAGCAGAUCAUGACAACCAACCUGUGGCUGUCCCAGGAGUGGAAUGAUUACAGGCUGAGGUGGGACCCAGAAAAAUAUGAAGGUAUCAAGAAACUUCGAAUACCCUCCAAACUUCUUUGGCUUCCUGACAUAGUGCUGUACAACAAUGCUGAUGGUGUGUAUGAAGUGUCCUUCUAUUGCAACACUGUGGUCUCCAACACGGGAGACAUUGUUUGGCUCCCUCCCGCAAUCUACAAAUCAGCCUGUGCCAUUGAAGUGCAAAAUUUCCCCUUCGACCAGCAGAACUGCACUCUCAAGUUCCGCUCCUGGACGUAUGAUCACACAGAAGUUGACCUGAUUCUCACCAGUGACUAUGCCAGCCGUGACGACUUCACACCCAGCGGAGAGUGGGAUAUUGUCUCGCUCCCGGGACGCAAAAAUGAGGAUCCCAAUGACAUUACUUACCUUGAUAUCACCUAUGAUUUUGUGAUCAAGAGGAAGCCGUUGUUUUAUACCAUUAAUAUGAUCAUCCCCUGUGUGCUGAUCACAUCUCUGGCUAUUCUGGUGUUUUACCUGCCAUCGGACUGUGGCGAGAAGAUGACGCUGUGUAUCUCAGUGCUGCUGGCACUCACUGUGUUCCUGCUACUUAUUUCAAAGAUUGUACCGCCCACCUCCCUUGCAGUACCGCUCAUUGGUAAAUACCUGAUGUUCACCAUGGUGCUAGUCACUUUCUCCAUUGUGACCACCGUAUGUGUUCUGAACGUCCAUCACCGCUCUCCCUCCACUCACCAUAUGCCUCAAUGGGUGAACCGUCUCUUCUUAGUACAACUUCCCACUCUUCUUCUAAUGAGGCGUCCAGGCGCGGCUAAUGUCCGUGACAAGCUCAGGCGGAAGUAUGGUGACCGAAAUGCCAUCAGAAAAAGCCCCUCUCAAGCUGCAACUGAUAAACACCGGAUCCCUAAUAGAAAGCUUGGGGGGAUUCAAACAGAUUCUGACUCCUUCUACGUGAAUGCAGACUGGGCCCACAAGUAUUGUUGGAGGGUGGGAGACAUCCCAGAUGCGGGUGGUGGAUCUUCAGACAUUCAGAGGCCUUUGCGCUCUCAAUGGGAUGCAGAUCUCGAAGAGGCGGUGGAAGGGGUGAAGUACAUCGCUGAGCACAUGAAGACGGAAGAUGAUGAUGAAGGGAUAAUAGAAGACUGGAAGUACGUAGCCAUGGUGAUAGACCGUUUGUUUUUGUGGAUCUUUAUCCUAGUGUGUGUAGUUGGAACACUGGGGCUCUUCAUGCAGCCACUAUUCCAAAGCUACAACACACCUACUGCUGAUGAUACUGACUACACGGUGCGUUCAGACUGCCUUGCAUCUAAAGCAGAAGACCGCCUCUUCAGAAAGCUUUUCAGGAGGUACAACCAGUUCAUCAGACCAGUGGAAAAUGUCUCAGACCCUGUAACGGUGGAGUUUGAAGUCUCCAUCUCACAGCUGGUCAAAGUUGUAAGAUAA